GUAGUACAAACGGUAUAAAAAUACAGCCGUAAAAAGUGCUUUAAAGUAGAUUUUAAAAAUAAAAACAGCAGUGUGAAGAUGCGUUGCUAUGGUAACAGCUCAACAACACUCUAGAGUGAAGGUGGAACACAGCACGGCUGUUACCGUGGCAGUGUGUAAACAAAGAGGUUUAGAGGCAGAGAAAAUGUCAGCGAGAAGUAGAGACAGAGCAGAAGAAGAGGAAGAAGAGAGGAAGGAAGGUUUGUUUGAGGAGGAGGAGGAUGAAGAUGAAACUUCUUCUGCUUCCAGGAUGAAACCUGAACCUCCAGAACAUCAAACCAUCCCAAACAUCCCAGAAUCGGUGGAUGAUUUUCUGAGGAACUUCCUGCUCAGACUCGGCCUGAAGCGAACUCUGAGCAGCUUCGAGUCUGAGUGGUACGACUCGGCCCAGAAAGUCUUUUCAGGUACGCUGCCGACUCCACAAUCAGGCGUCUUCUUCCUGCCCGACGCUUCGACUCACCAGAAGAUUCUCCGAACCGAGCUGGAAACCAUCUGCAGAGAGACGGAGCUGCUCAGGAUGGAGGUUCUAACGGCUGGAGAGAAUCUAACCAGGAUGCAAAGGGAGAGGAACUUCCACCGACUGCAGCAUCGAAGAGUCACCGACGACAAAAACCAGCUUAAAAAAGACCUGAAACAUCUGAAGGAACAUCUGAAGUCCUACGAACCAGCGAUGAAGCAGCUGGAGGACAAACACCAGGCGGCUCUGAGGCAGAAGAUGCUCCUCAGCUUACAGAAAGACCGAGUUUCAAACACCACAGAGGUCAAAGAGAACCAGGAGAAAGCUCCGGAGAAGAAGUCACCUGUGAAGAUCAAACACCCGAAGGACUCCGAGUUUCCCGUUUACAGCAGGAUGGUGAAGCUUCAGGUGGAUCAGGUGAUGUCUGAACCGGAGAAAAGUCUUCGUUCCUUCAGUCUUCAGAGAUCCAUCAAAGCUCACCAGCUGCCGAUCAGUUGCAUCGAUCUUCAUCCUAAAGAAAUGAUGCUGGUUUCUGUCAGUGACGACUGUAGAUGGAGGAUGUGGAGGCUGGAGACCGGAGAGAAGGUGGCUGAGAUGAUGCUGACAGGUGAGGGUCACUCUGAUUGGCUGUCAGGCUGCAGUUUCCACCCUGAUGGAACAAAACUGGCAACGACCAGCGGAGACAUGACGGUUCGUCUCUGGGAUUUCUCUCUGGGCUGCUGCGUUUUAACUUUCUUCGGUCAUUCUCAGCCAGCCUGGAGCUGCUCCUUCCACUCCUCCGGUCACUUCCUGGCUUCGUGUUCCUCUGACCGAACCACCAAACUCUGGGACCUGAACAGUCAACGGUGUCGCCUGACGCUUCGACGCCACGACGCCUCCGUCAACAGCGUCCACUUCCUGUCCUCCUCCAACUUCCUGCUCACGGCUUCAGCCGAUAAAACUGUUGCCUUGUGGGACGCCCGGUUGGCCGUCUGCACCGCUGUCUUUACCGGACACCGACACCCCUGUAGCCAUGCCACGUCCAACAUGGCAACCAAUGUUGUGGCUUCCUGCGACUCUGGUGGUGUCGUAAACUUCUGGGACUUCAGGAACCCAGCAAAACCUUUAGCUACUGUGGACGUCGGACCAAUGGGAGCCAACCAGGUGGCAUUCAGCCAAUCAGGGAGGGCACUGGCAGUUGCUAGUGGUGACGGGUUGGUCAGAUUGGUGGAGGUGGAGUCCUGCAAGGUGACCAGCCUGGAUGGACACCGUGACGGCGUCCAGAGUGUGAAGUUCGAUCACAAGGGGGCGACUGUGAUGUCAGCAGGAAGUGACGGGAGAAUCAACAUCUGGUCCUGAAAAAGUCAUGUUGUUGAAACUCAACAUGGAAACUACUGAACACUACAUGGUUUCCUUACCGAAAGUUUGAUGCAGCCACAAAAAAACCUCAUAUCCAAGAUGACAACAAAGCAAAUCACAGAAAUCAAAUUUCACUAAAACACUCGAAGCUUUGAGUUAAAAUCAGUUAAAUCUCAGGAAAUUCUUCACUUUCAUGUAAAUUAAAGAAAUCCUUUCACAAAAACGUGUCUGGAGCUAUGUGGACAAAACCAGAUCCAAAGCCAAGUCUAAAACCAGAUCCAGAACGAGGUCAAAAACCAGAUCCAGAACGAGGUCAAAAACCUGAUCCAGAACCAAGUCUAAAACCAGAUCCAAAGCCAAGUCUAAAUACAUGAAAAUCAGACAAUCUGAGAAAAAAAAAAGUCUUGUUUGGCACUAGAGAAGAAUCUUUAAUCAGAUUCUGGUUUAACAAAGACGUUUCUCUCACCAGGUACAAAACAAACACCAGUUCACCUGUUGGCCUGAAUGAUGAUUCAACACUUUAACAUCACUCAACAUGAAACAGACGAACAAAAACAGAGUUUGACCUAAAAAUGAAUAAAAAUAUUCGAGAAAACAAUCUGAAUUUCUGUUUACUACAAAAGGAAACAUGUUGUUUCCUUCAUCUAAAGCACUUAUAGCUUCUAUACUGUGCAUGUUUAACUCAACUUUAGAUCCAAGACACAUUUGGCUUAAAAGUCUGACGCAUGACAUCCAUGUUUGUUUUUUAGGCACUUCUUCAUUAUCAAGCCCCAAAUCAAAUCUAUCAGGGUGUUUCCUGGUUUUAAAUACAACUUAAAGGUUGAUGAAGAGAUUGUAUGGGUUAGACACUGGUACCAGACCGUGUUUGCUACACUUUUACUUCUCAUAGCAAGAAAAGUACAGGUGUAAUUCUAUCAUUACAAGAAAUGUGCAUCACCUGUUGUUCUAUUAUUACCUGUGCUUCUCCUGUAUGAACACGUCACAUAGAGGCCUUUCAGUUCAAACUUUGCCCAGAUUUCAUGAAGCUAAGCUGCAC